UGAUUUGAUUUCAGGUCAAGUCACAUUUCUGAAAGCGGUUUUUCUGCCUUACCGUAGCUGUUAUUUCGAUUCAUGAUUUGGCAAUAACCUACUUGCCGUUUCUGAAAGAGAAGGGGAGACCGUAACUUUUUUAAAGGUAAAGAUUCUGUCUGUUCGAGCUCGCAAGUGUAUGCAGUACUUUUUUCGUAUGUUAAUUUGACUCAAAAAGGAUUUUCUGUUUCUUACGGGAGGUUUAGAAGUACACGUGUGGGCUUUUCUGCCAGAAAUUGUAUUUAGAAAUCUUUUUGUGGUGGACGUUUUCAGGUUCUUUCAAAAUCUGGUAUUUUCAUUGCGGUCCUUGUCCUUAUAGGAAUGUGAGGGCAGGUUUUCAAAUCAUCGCUAUGCCAGCCACUGAAAGAUUCCACAGUAUGAGGGAUUUUCAGAAAAUGAAUCUUAGCUGAGUGGCAUCCUCCGUCUCCGCCAUGGACGAUCGGGUCGAGGGUCGUUCCGCCCGUUAUGGCGUGUCCCUGAAGGAGCUCCGGGAGCUCAUGGAAUACCGGGGCAGGGAUGCUGUCCACAAGAUCAGGGACGAGUAUGGAGGCAUCCAGGAACUUUGUAAGAAGCUCUAUACAUCCCCCACAGAUGGUCUGAGUGGUUCGGCGGCCGACCUCGAGCACAGACAGAAAACGUUUGGCCUUAACAUCAUUCCUCCAAAGCCGCCCAAGACUUUCUUGGAGCUAGUAUGGGAAGCCCUGCAAGAUAUCACACUCAUCAUCCUCGAAGUGGCAGCUCUUAUCUCACUCGGACUUGCCUUCUACAAACCACCUGCUGAUCUCGAACUAGGUGGCCAUGAUGACAGUGAGGCAGAUGCAGGAUGGAUCGAAGGCGCAGCCAUCCUUGUCAGCGUGAUCAUUGUGGUGCUGGUGACUGCAUUCAAUGAUUACACCAAGGAGAGACAGUUUCGGGGAUUACAGAACCGCAUAGAACAUGAGCACAAGUUUGCUGUCAUCCGUGGAGGCGAAGUGAAUCAAAUACCGGUGGGAGAAAUUGUGGUGGGGGAUAUUUGUCAGGUAAAAUAUGGUGAUCUUCUUCCUGCUGAUGGUCUUAUCAUUCAAAGCAAUGACCUAAAGGUGGACGAAAGCUCACUAACUGGUGAAUCAGAUCAUGUUAAAAAGGGAGAGAGUAUAGACCCUGUUUUACUUUCAGGGACACAUGUGAUGGAGGGCAGUGGGAAAAUGUUGGUGACUGCUGUUGGAAUCAAUUCCCAGGCAGGCAUUAUCUUUACACUGCUGGGGGCUGCAAAGACAGAAGAUAAUGAGCAGAAAAAGAAAGCCAAAAAAGAAGCCAAAAAAGCUCGCAAAAAGAAGAAAGAACCCUCAGCAUGGCAUAAUGAUGCUAAGAAUACACUGGAAUGUUCACCCCUGACCGUCCCCGUGUCCAUUUCAGACGAAGAAGCCAUUGUAUCAGGCAACUCUCAUCUGCUAAAUGAUUCAUCUGGGAAGGCCAACAACAGGGAAGCUGUUGAAGUUGUUCCCGCAAAGCAAGAGAGUAACCCUAGGAAAGAACAGUCUGUUCUUCAAGCAAAAUUGACCAAACUAGCAAUACAAAUAGGAUAUGCUGGUUCAACUAUAGCUAUAUUAACUGUUAUCAUUCUUGCUAUUCGUUUUGCCGUAAAGUUUUUUGUCAUUAAUCCACGUCCUUGGAACCCUUUUUAUAUGAAUUAUUUUGUGAAAUUUAUCAUCAUUGGUGUCACUGUCUUGGUUGUUGCUGUCCCCGAAGGUCUUCCAUUAGCUGUCACUCUUGCGCUUGCCUACUCGGUGAAGAAAAUGAUGAAGGAUAACAAUUUAGUGCGUCACUUGGAUGCCUGUGAGACUAUGGGUAAUGCCACUGCCAUUUGUUCUGACAAAACAGGAACCCUCACCACUAAUCGCAUGACUGUGGUGCAGUGUUUUCUUUGUGGAACUCAACAUUUAGAUAUGCCCAAAUAUGAGAAUCUACCUUCAAAUGUUGCUGAUUUACUAGUGACAGGAAUAUCUGUUAACAGUGCUUAUACAUCGCGUGUCCUGGUGGAUCCUUUGAAUGUGGAGCUUCCUAAGCAGGUGGGAAAUAAAACAGAAUGUGCCCUGCUCUCAUUUGUGAAGGAUAUAGGCAAAGACUAUCAGGCUGUACGAGAUGACAUUCCUGAGGAGAAACUUCACAAGGUGUAUACCUUUAACUCUGUUAGAAAAUCCAUGAGCACUGUCAUUCCCAUUGAAGGUGGAUUUAGAGUCUUCACUAAAGGAGCAUCUGAAAUGGUCCUCAAAAAGUGUAACUUUAUCUUUGGUCGUGAUGGUCAACUAGAAUCAUUUACCAGGGAGGAUCAGGAUCGAUUAGUGAAGACAGUGAUUGAGCCCAUGGCUAGUGAUGGGCUACGAACCAUUGCCAUUGCAUAUAAGGACUAUGUAUAUGCAGCUGAGGCUCAGAAUCAAAUUCAAAUCACUUCUGAACCAGAUUGGGAAAAUGAAGAUGCAAUUGUCUCAGAAUUGACAUGCCUCUGCAUUGUGGGAAUUGAGGAUCCUGUCAGGCCUGAGGUUCCUGAUGCUAUCAAGAAAUGCCAAAAGUCAGGCAUCACUGUUCGUAUGGUGACUGGAGACAAUGUGAACACAGCUCGGUCUAUUGCCAUGAAAUGUGGCAUCAUCAGGCCUGGUGAUGAUUUUCUAGUUUUAGAUGGCAAGGAAUUUAAUCGCAGGAUAAGAGACAGUAAUGGAGAAUUUCAACAACAUUUGUUUGACAAAGUGUGGCCACGCCUAAGGGUUUUGGCACGGUCUUCACCUCAAGAUAAAUAUACUUUGGUCAAGGGCAUCAUUGAUUCAAAGCUAAACCCCAAUCGUGAGGUUGUGGCUGUGACAGGGGAUGGAACAAAUGAUGGACCAGCACUCAAGAAGGCUGAUGUAGGAUUUGCCAUGGGCAUUGCAGGAACAGAUGUUGCCAAGGAAGCUUCUGACAUCAUCCUGACAGAUGACAACUUCACAAGUAUUGUAAAAGCUGUGAUGUGGGGAAGAAAUGUGUAUGAUAGCAUCGCAAAGUUCCUACAGUUUCAACUGACAGUCAAUGUAGUGGCUGUCAUUGUGGCCUUUGUUGGGGCCUGUGCCAUUGAGGACAGUCCCCUAAAGGCUGUUCAGAUGCUGUGGGUGAACUUGAUUAUGGACACACUGGCAUCUCUGGCAUUGGCCACAGAGUUGCCCACUCCAGACCUUCUGCUUCGGAAGCCUUACGGCCGUUCGAAGCCUCUCAUCUCUCGCACCAUGAUGAAGAACAUCUUGGGUCAUGCCAUCUACCAACUAAUCGUCAUCUUCACACUACUUUUUGCAGGUGACAGAAUAUUUGACAUCGACUCUGGCCUGAAUUCAGGUCUGCGGGCCAAGCCUUCUGAACACUUCACUAUCAUUUUCAACACAUUUGUGAUGAUGACACUCUUUAAUGAAAUGAAUGCCCGAAAAAUCCAUGGGGAACGGAACAUUUUUGAAGGACUUUUCACAAACCCUAUUUUCUACAGCAUCCUGAUCAUCACAACAGCAGCACAGGUGGUGAUCAUUCAGUUUGGUGGUUAUGCCUUCAGCACAACUACCCUCACCCUGGACCAGUGGCUGUGGUGCAUAUUUCUAGGUUGUGGCACUUUAGUAUGGGGACAGAUUAUCAACACUUUGCCCACUCAGCGUAUCCCUCACACAUUCACAUGGGGUUCAGGAACCCCAGAGGACGACCUUGCACCCUCACUUGGACAAGAUGGGGGGAGUAGUGGAUCCCUUUCUCAAGAUGUCAAAAGUCGGACAGGACAGAUUUUGUGGAUAAGAGGGCUCACACGUCUGCAAACUCAGCUGAGGGUUGUGCGAGCCUUUAAGAGCACGCUGGAGGACAUGGAGGAGCGUCGCAGUGUCCACAGCUUGCAUAGCUUGCGCAGUUCUCGCAGUCACCCCAAGCAGCUCUCCGACAUAAGUUACAUCGACGAAGACGUGAAAACCCCGUCGCCCAACGACUACCCUUACGACAUACACAAAACCAACAACCAUUCUGUGCGGAACCACACGCCGGACGGGGAGACUGCCCCUCUGAUGAUCCGCAGGAAUUCCCCCACCAGUAUUACGUCGCCAGUCAACUCCUCCUCUUCGGGCGCCUCUCUCACGAACAACAACCGGCCCAACCCGACCAGCCCCCACGGAUACCACCUGCUUGUAGAACCCACCAAGAUACACGAGACCAGCAUCUGAAGAAACUUCAUACCCUCCCCUUUUUGGUGUACAAAGGAUCUGCUGCGAGAAGCUGAACUUGCUUCUAAUUUAUUUCUUACAAUUCAAAUGGAUGAUUGUAAAUACAAUUUUUUUAAAGCGGAUCGAUUAUUUGUGCUUUUAUAAAGUUGUAAAAAAUGUUUUACUCGAGGGAAUCUCAUCGCUAAGAAUCGAAGAAUAGUGUUCUGAGUCAGACUUGCAUAGGAUCUGUUCAAAUGAUAUUUUAAAUAAAGUGGAUGAAGCAGAUAAUAGAAUCCUUAAGAGAAUUAAAAUGCACUGCUUUCCCCAACCAAUGAUUAAAAACCCAAUUUUUAUCUAUUCUGAACUAGAUAUUUUCCCAUGAUAGGAAUUUUUUAUUUUUUCGAUUAGAAUUAAUUUUUAUUAGAAAAGACAAUUUCCUGAGGGAGGAAAUCUUUCAUUUUCCUUUUAAAGUCAAGAUGAACUCUCAGAAAUAAUAAAAAUGGCAAACUGCAGCUUUUAGAGAAGACAGAAUGUGUAAAAUUCAUAAUCUUGCAAGAAAUGUAUAGAAUAAAAUAUUUCUGUAAAUUAUCAGCCUUCCUUUAAAGAUGCAUGUCAAACUCCAGAGGUAUUUGUUGCAACUUAAAUAAGAUGCUGAUGUAUAAAAAUUAAAAAAAAAAGUGCCUCGCUAUGGAACUUGAAAAAGAGUGGUAAAUUGGAUAUGGUUUAAAAUUUUGGAUGUUAUCAAUAUAAAAUCAUCCUAUUCUUCUUUUUAUCCAUAAGUACAUUUAAGUGUUUCUUUAAAGAAGCCUAUUUAUUUGCUUUUUUAAUUCAGCUAUUAAUAAAAAUAAUUGCAGGGUUAUUUAAUUCUUAUUCCAUUGGAUAUUCAAUGGAAGCCACUACUUCAAUUUUAUAAAAUUAAGCUUUGAUAUAAAAAAAAUUUUAAUAAAUUUUGAUUUUAAAAUAAUUUUUUUUUUUGACCUGUAGCAUGUGUCAUUGAUUCCAAAAGCUAAAGAAUUCUUAAUACUUGAUAUUUUCUUUCAUUUUUGCUUUCUGAAAUUUCUACAUCAUAGAUUUUUUAAGAAAAUGCACAAAUCCAAAUGAACACUAACAAACCUAUACUUAUUUGAUCUUUUGUAAGAUAAUUUGAUAACUUGUUUCAUUUUUAAUGCCAUUUUUUUUUAAUUCUUUUGUUUGAAAUUUUAUAUUUACGUAUUCAUCGCUUAGUAAAUUUUCUUAUAUUGUGGAAUCAUUUAAAAAUAAAGUUGAGUAAAAUAGAAUUCCAAAGGAAUUCAAAUUUUCUAGUCAUUGAAACUUAAUUUAAUGCAUCUGCUACAGUAUUUUGUAGCUGCUUGUUGUAAGAAUUUUCAUAAUUUAUUUUAUUUUUCUGGAUAUUUUUUAUAUAAAAUUUGGUUUUAAAAAAUUCUUUUUUGAUAUAUGUGGUUUGAUAGUUGUAAACAAAAUCAACAAUUUCAUUUUGUUCUUUAAAAAAGUUCAUUUUGAUUACUUUUAUAAAAUUAUAAAGAAUUAAUUUUAAAAUCGAAAUCUGAAUUCUCAUUUAAAAAGAUCGUUCAUUUCAACAGUUUCAUUUAUAAAAAUAUUGAUAUUUUUAUUUUCUAAACUUUCUUGUGUAUGAAAUAAGUGUCCGGUUUCCUUUAAUCUAAAUUUCAGAAAAAUUGCAAGUACAUUCAUGGCUGACACCCAUAACAAUUGUGUUUUUUUUAUCUUAUGCAUAAAAAAAAAAUCUAAAUUGUUACUUACUGAAAGAUAAACUUUGAUUGUUACUCUAUGCUGAUAUGGACACAAUAAAAUAGCUAUGUUUUUGUGAAUCUGGGAAUGAGAAAUGGGAUAUUCGAUGCAUAAUUUGAGGUCUUGCAGUUCCCAUGAUGUCUUACCUUACCAUCAUAUUUUUUAGCCUUCUUUCUAUGUUUUUCAUGUCUUAAAUUUUUCUAUUUUGCUGCAAAAUGUUGUUGCUUUUAAUUUGCUUUCUGGAUAUUUUUGUAUUAGUGAUCAUGCAGUAAAGAUAAUUUCCUACCCUUGUGUAGCCCUAUUGAUUUCUUGCAUUAUUUUUUUUUUCAAUCCUUUUAUAAUGACUGCCAAGUCUUAAAAUUAUUGAUCCCAUUUCAUUUUGAAUGAUCACUUCUUAAAAUUUACUCUUACUUUAUCGGACACUUAUUUUGCAACAGUGAGAAAGCCAUUUAUGAUUUUAUCUCUCUUGAUUGCUACUCAGCCUAAGAGAAACUCUAAUGAAUUGGAGGCUAUAUAAGUUUGUUGAUAUAUUUCAGUGACUAGUUUUAUUACAUGUAAUAUCUUAUCUUGCAUUUAUUAAUUGGGUCUUAAAAAUAAAAUUGAUAUUUCAAUUUAUAGCAGAGGCAGGCAAAAGCUCUUUAUUUAACAGGAAAAUAACUAGUUAUUCAUUGUGAUUGAUUAUAUGGAUGCUAAUAUUGUAAUAAAAUCGGCACAUUGAUGCAAUAUAUAAACCUCUUUCAUUGUUUUAUGUAAAUUAACUUAAAAUAGGAUUACAAAACAAGUAAAACACAAAAUUUCUUGAAAUGUGUGCAUUGUUUUUAUGAAUAGGUUGGUAUUUGAUUAUUUUAGAAAUUGUCAAUUUUUGAUAUUUUUUUACCAAAAUAUGAAUUUACUGCUUUUUGUCUUGUUCCUGUAUCACUUGUAGGAAGGGACUGCAUUUAUAAUUAAGUUCUAUUUUCUCCUGUGGCUUCUGCAAGAUGUUAGCAGCAAACCAUUAAGUAAUAAUAAGACACUAAUAAGACAAGUUCAUCUUGAUUGUGUUUCAGGUGUGAAUUUCCUUGUCAAUAUCUUCUUAUUAAUCCCUUUCAACAUCAGUAAGAAGUAAGAUGGCUAUUAGAUAAGAAGGCGUUGUCAGUUUUUGUCCUCUGUUAGCAUUAAUUGCAAUUGUGGAAACAUCUGUCAGUAAUUUAUAUUUUCAUCAACUUCAUAACUUCUUCUAAAUAAGGUGUUCACAGUUAUUCUUUCAUUAAGACAUUACCCUGAGAACGAAAGUAGUUAUAUUAGGGUUUCGCCCCCUCCUUCAUUACAGUUUAGGAAUGCUAGAAUAAUUUUUGAAACAAGUGAUAAUGCAAUAAACAUUUUUUAUGAGAAAAAUCGGUAGUAUUAUGUUGUUUGUUUAGUAGAAGUUGGUGGCUAAGCUAUUGAAGCGGCUUAAUUUCCGUCAUUGAUUGAAAAAAUAUGAGACAGAUGCUGUCUUUGGCCUCUUUAAAUAUUAAGUGAUCCUAAUUAAACUUGCUCUAUUUAGAGCACUCUGUAAUUGUAAUUAAAAUGCCGGUGGAUUUGAAAGUUUCUAUAUAGAUAGUUCAAAGGAAAUUAAGUUCAAACGAUGCAUGGAAAGGAUGCACUUCAGUGUCUUGUUUCAGUUCAAAGGAUGCGCUGCAAGAUUCCACGGAGAAAACAAAAAUUUGCUAGGUAUGCAAACAAGCUACAAAUUCCAAAACAAGCCUUUUCUGUCUGAUACAGACUGUUUAGCAGUCUAACGUGCACAUUGUAGCCCACCCCCAUUAAAGUAUAAAAACUGCUGACGAUGAACAGUGUAUUCAACAGCUGCUCUGUGGCACAUAAACGAUAUAUGAUCCAUAUACGAUAGUUACUGAGCUUUAAUUGGUCCUCCUCUUUUGUAUCCAAAACUCACGUUCAGGCCAUCUUUAUACGGAGUACCUUAAGAAUGGAGGUUAAAAAGAAUAAAUAAAAAUUAAUGUUUUCCUCUUUAAUCGCAAUGCCGUGAUUAUCAAUUUUUGUACUUUCAUAAGGCUUCAUUUAUAAAAAUAACAAUUUCAUGUGCCAUAAUGUUUGAAAAUGUUAAAGUAGGCCAUGGUUAUUUAUUGCAUGCUUUUCAGGCAUUUCGGCUGCAAUGGACUAGAAAAAAAAAUUGUGUGGAAUUUUUAGUCUAUUCUUUGCAUUGUCAUACAAAUUUUUGAAUCGGUACACAUUUCAGUUGCAUCUACAGAAUGCUUUGAAUAGGCGAAGUUUAAUUACGAUUACCUUGUUCUUUUCCUAGAUCUCCGCUUAUAAUACAGCUUCAAAUGCUAGUUUUUACAUCAAACUGGGAACUAUUUUUAAUGUAAAAUAUUGAAUUAUUAAUUAGAAAUUAUGUUGUAAUUAGACCGUUGAUGUAAUUAAUUCACUUAUUAAAUUGGAUAUUAAUAUUUUCUUUGUAGUUCAGUGGAUUCAUUAUAUGCUGUUUUGGCUGUUGAUCUUAUACUAAUAUCUGUAUUCAAGGUAAUCCGAGAUUAGUUUCUGGGAAAUACGGCAUACCUUAACCUGUUAAUCGUGUAAUUAACUUGUAUCUAGUUCGUUUUGCAUUGGAAUAUUUCGUCAUAUCCAGUUAACAGGUUAAGAACGGAAGUUAAAAAGUAAUAAAUGAAAUUAUAUUGAUGAUUUCAUAUUCAUAGGCACAAUGUACCUUUGCUGAUGGCUCCAAUAUUUAACCUCUCCCCCCAAGCAGUAGCCGAAUGACUCAUAAUGUUCAUAGUGAUUCAUAAUAAUAUUCCAUAAACAAUGAUUAUUUUCUUUCCAUUUGAUAACAUUUCACUCUUUGUUAUGAUUUUCACAAAUACUGGAUCUGAUUUUUUAAAAAUAAAUAUAGCAUCUGAAAGGAGAGGUUAAUUUCUAACUCAAUUCGAAACAAUGCUUUUUUGAGACCAUCCCCAGAAGCCAAAAAAUCUGUACACUGAUAACUGCAAUUCAAUCAUUGUGUGCUACCUGUCUUUUUGGUUCGGAAUUCUUUGUACACAUUCUCUGCAAUCUCUGUAAUUGAUCUUUAUUUUGAUUCAGUAAGAAAUAAAAUUUCCAAUUUCAUGUGUACACUUUAAAGACGGCUAUUUGACUAUUCCACCGUUUGUUUCAUGCAUAUUAUUUAAUUAUAAGGAUUGAUACAAUAAGGAAUUUUUCAGUGACUGCAAGCUACAACAAGACAUUUGUUUGAAUGUCAUUUCCCAUCCCCCUCCCUCGAAAUCCCCACUUUUAAAAAAAUCUUACGAUUUCGUUCUAGAGGUAAACUAAAGAGUAAGAAAAUAUAAAGAUAAAUUUCUUAAAGAAUGCUCUGUCUCUUUCAUACAUUUUUGGUCAUGGAUUCGUCUAAGGCCAACCACCAACUUUUGGCAUUGCUUAUCUCUUUUGUUUCAUAUACUCAUAUGCCCUCUUUAUAAAAGCUGAAAAUUAGUUAUCAAAAAUCAGAUAUAUUGAAUUUUAUGAUUAAAAUAUAGCAAAAAAAGAAGCUUGCUUGUAUAUAGCUAGUUUGAAAAAAGGAGGAAACAAAAAAGAUCUGAAAUUUUGUGAUAUUGCCAAUGUUAAGCAUCACUGAAAGUAUUUUUAUAUGCUGUUAAAUUUUAAAGUUCUUUAAUAAGAUUGAAUUUAUUCUCACAUGAAGAAUACUCUUGAAGUAUUCUAAAGAAAAUGAAUAUUUUUAAGUGCCCUGUAUUCUACUUUAAAGCACUGAUUCAGUAAAUAAAAUUAUAAUUAUAAAAUGAAAUAUUUGAUAUCGGAACUUGUUCAAUAUUAACUACGAUCACUUUUUGAGUAUUGUCAACUUUUGCAAUUAAUUUUUUAAAAAUUCAAAUAAGUUUCUCGUCCUUUAUUUUGUUCUUUUCAAGGUAUCUGCAUUUCAUUUGUUCUUUAGCUCUUUGAAGCAAAGGAAUUUUAUGUUAUUUAAUAUCGUCCUCAAAAAUGAAAAAAGAAAUUCACGAUAUUUUUUGUGUAAGGAGGAAAAAAAAUUAGUUUUUUCCCCUCGCAACUUAGAAGUAGUCUUUCGUCUCUGAAUGUGAUUAGAACUUGUUACAAUUCUUCACUUCUAUAUUUCAAUUUCGCUCAUGAAAUAAUUUUCUUUGCUGAUAAACCCAUUUUGAAACUUCGAUUUGUUUUGUUUAUGCAGUAAAUCAUUAUGCAUUUUCAUCUAAAUUAGCGAGUAAAAAAAAUGGCAAUUUUUUUAUAUUAGCAUUUUCCUAAUUUGGAACACAAAUAACUUUUAUUGAUUUUCCGGUUCGCAUCUGUAAAUCACAACCAUCCCAAACAUAAAAGACUGGCAGUCUGUUGUGGCAUUCUUUAUUUUGAAAAUUAGGUCGUUUAUUAAUUAACCACCAAAGAAAAAGAAGAUGGUUCAUACCUCCAAUUAGUUUUUCUAAUGCAUAUAAAAUUAUAAAUCAUGUUAAAAUUUUCAAUGAGACUUCAAAACAAACCUGUCGGAUAAUGUUCAUUUUAAAUUAUAGCUUCAAUUAAAAACUUGAGUCGAAGUUAAAUUUUCGUAUAUUCCGUUUUUAUAUUUAAUAUUUCAGAAACUUCCAGACUGAGAAAUUAAUUUUUCUUAGUAUCGGUUGCACAUUUAUUGACUUAGAAGUUUAAAUUUUCGAAUUCAUUCCAGAUUUUUAUUUCAUCUUUUCUUUAUCUUGAUGUCAAAGGCUGGGAUCAAGUUUUUAUGUGCGACAUUUUUAGUAAUUUAAAACAAUUUUCAUGUGAAAUUAAAUCUUGCUUCUGAUAUAAUGAUUUUUAUAAUUUUGUUUCUUAAUUGAAAGAAUUAAAAUAUUUCACUUCAUAAAAUAGUGCAAUAAUGAAAAUAUUUAACAAAUUUCUUGGCAUUUAAUAAAUAUAUAUUUUAUGUAUAUAUGUAUAUAACUUAUUUGGAACAAAUUAAUACUGCUUUUAUUUCGACAUAAAAGGUUAAUAGUACACCCCCUUUCCCUCUCUUAAUUUCUCAUAGACAAACAGGAAACUAGAUUCAGUUUUGAACGACAAACAAGUUGACAUUUCAUUGUUUUUACCGUUGAAGAGAUGUUUCUCGGAACCAUGCUUCUGACGAUGUGUAUCCUAAUAUCAGUCUUACUCAUAAUAAUAGUAAUGGAAGUUCUUAUUAGUCAUCAAUUGUUUCAUUUGGUUAUGCAUUUGUUAUAUAAAAAUGGCAUCACCAAACAUUCUUAAGAUAUUAAUUUGUCAUUUUGAAUGAAAGUUAUUGAAUAAGAUUCUUAAAGUUAUCUUGCCAGUCUUUACUUUAUUUUUUUCAGAAAAAAAAAAAAAAAAUCCAGCAAUUUUUUUCAAUUUUAAGCUUUUAAUAAUAUAUGGCAUUUUCAAGAAUUUUUGAAGGGUUGAUACUCCAAACUCAAUCUUUUGAGAAACAAAUCUUUACAAAAAAAAUAACAUAUCUAAUGUAAAAAUUUUAGGAAGUUUUGAAAUAAUUAAGGGAAUUGCUGAAAUUCUGAAACAGAAAUCAAACAAAUUGAUUAGUUGCUAAUAGUGUAAAACUUUACAUGAAAUUAUUAACAUUCGUUACUUAAUUUGCAAAAUAUUGAUUUUGUUCUGUACAAGUGUAUGACGUCAAAUUUAUAGACAUGUACUGAUAUAUUCAUAAUGUAAGCCCUAAUGAUUCUUCUGCAGCUGAUUAUAAUUUCAUGUACAGUUUUAUGUAAUAACUGUACAGUUAUUUUUGUAAAUUUAGAGUGCGACAAAUAAUUAGAAUGAAACAUAAACUCUUGGAGAUCAAUAUUUAUUUGAAAAUUGUGAUAUAAUUUUUUUUACUUCACUUCUUAUUUAGGAACUCGGAAUGCAAAAUUUUCUUGUAAAACAUAGAAUUUAUUAAUUAAAAAUUCUGUUUUGGCAAUAUUUUGUUUUGUGCAGUGACUGAUUCGCAUCAAAAGUAAGUAGUGCAGUUGACACCAUGCGACUGAACAAUCAAUGGCAACAUUAUUUCUACAUUUGUGAAACAUAGCAGCAGAACAUCUCUUCUUUCUCUAUCAUUAAGUUGUUGAUUUUCAGUGUUAGAAUGGAAAUUAGAAUUCUUUCUUAGAUUGAAACAUGUCAAAGUGUUCUGUAAGAGUUUUAUUUUUCCUUUUUUAAAAUAUAAAUAGCCUUGUUGUUUAAUUCAGUAACAUGAUUGUGUUUUAUGGUGAUUCCUGUUUCAUUGUCAACAAUAAAAAAACUCUUUUUAUAUAAAAUAAAAAUGUUCUUGUUUUA